UCCAAAUAUCUCUCUCAGUCUCAAGCCAAAGAAGACACCAACUCUUUCACUUCCUUUCUUCAAACACAAAGCUCAAAGCCAACACCCAAAAGGGUUGAAAGUGGGGAAAGAAUCACAAGUAAAGAAAACAAGCAAGAAGCAGCAGAGCAUAGGUUCCAUUAACAAAGGGGGUGGUGGUAGGGGGCGUGGGGCAAGUGAUGCGAUCAGGAACUUGCGCAGCUCAGCAGACCCUCACACCGGAGGCUGCUUCAGUUCUGAAGCAUUCCCUUUCUUUAGCCGCUCGUCGUGGCCAUUCCCAUGUAACUCCUCUCCAUGUAGCCUCCACUCUCCUCUCUAAUAACUCCAAACCCCCCACUCUCCUCCGCCGCGCCUGCCUCAAAUCCCACCCUCCUCACCCUCUCCAAUCCAGAGCUCUCGAGCUCUGCUUCAAUGUCGCCCUCAACCGCCUCCCCUCUUCCCCACCUCUCCUUCACUCCCCUCCUUCUUUAUCCAACGCCCUCAUUGCUGCCCUCAAGCGCGCCCAAGCCCACCAACGCCGUGGCUCCUCCUCCUCCUCCUCCCUCGACCACCACCACCAACAACAACAGCAACACCCUCUUCUCACAGUCAAAGUCGAGCUCCAACAUCUCAUCAUUUCCAUUCUUGACGACCCGAGUGUCAGCCGUGUCAUGAGAGAGGCUGGCUUUUCUAGCACUGCUGUUAAAACCAACAUUGAAGAAUACAAUGACAACAACAACAACAACAACACUAUUUUUAUCUCUCCUCCUUCUCCCAUUUCUUCCCAUUUCUUCUCUGCUCAAACCAACUCAUACACCCCCUUUUUCUUCUCUUCUUCUUCUCCUCCUCCUCCUCCUACUACUGAUGCAACUAAGUUAGUGUUUGAGGCUUUCUUGGGGAAGAACAAUAAUAAUUUGAGAACUAAUGUUGUUGUUGUUGGGGACUCUGUUGGGCUGACAGAAGGGGUAGUGUUUGAGGUUAUGAGGAAAGUGAAAAUGGGGGAGGUUCCUGAGGCUAUGAAAGGGGUUAAGUUUGUGGAGUUUCUUCCAUUAAUGAAGGGUUCUUCUUCUUUAAAAUUGGGUGAGUAUGUGAAGGAUAAUGGAGACGGAGGUGUCCUGGUUUAUGUUGGGGACUUGAAAUGGAUUGUGGAAGGAGGGAAUAGUGAUGAAAUUGAACGCCUGGUUGGGGAGAUUGAGAGGUUGCUGAAAGGGGAUUUUCUUAAUGCUAAUAACAAUGGUUCUAAAGCUAAGAUUUGGGUUAUGGGUAUGGCGAGUUAUCAGAUUUACAUGAGGUGUCAAAUGAGACAGCCUGCUCUUGAAACUCAGUGGUCUCUUCAUGCUGUUCCUGUUCCCUCUUCUGGACUUGGCUUAACUCUCCAUACUUCUAGUGUUUAUGAUUCAAGGCCAAGUUUCUUCUCUCAAACCAUGGAAACAAAGCAAUUCAUUGCAAAAGAAGAACAUGAAAAGCUUACUUGCUGCGCUGAAUGCACUUCAAAUUUCGAAAAUGAAGUCCAACAUUUGAAAUCUUUCCAGUCCAAGCAAGUUCCCUCCUGGCUGCAACAGUAUAAUGUCAAUCAAUCACAUUCAAAGGAUGAGUUUGUGGAACUAAGGAAAAAAUGGAACAGAUUUUGCAGCAGCCUACACAGAGAUGGUUCAGCUCAGAGCUUGAUGGGAAAAAGCUUCUCUUACUGUUCAUCAUAUCCAUGGUGGCCAAAGAUUGAUGAAUCAAAUUCAAUUUCCUUCACAGAUAAUCAAACACCAAAGCCAUUACAGAGUUCCAACUUCGUCCCACCAUUCAGAAGGCAACAAUCAUGCACAACAAUCGAGUUUGAUUUUGGAAAUGCAACAACAAAACAAAGUCAAGAUCGAGAAUCAUCACCAAGCUUGAAUUCUCUCAAACAUAUGGUGGGGAAGGAAGUGAAGAUCACUCUAGCUCUGGGGAAUCCGCUGUUCUACGAUUCAUCAGCAGAAUCCAUGGAAAUGGAAAGCGAAAGAAAGACCGAACGAGGAGAGAUUUUGAAGGUCCUGCAAGAGAAUGUACCAUGGCUAUCAGAAUCGCUUCCUAGUAUAGCAGAAACAGUAAUUUCAGCAAAGAAGAAUGAGAAACGGAUUCAAUGGAUUUUGAUGGAGGGAAAUGAUUUCAUUGGAAAGAGAAAGAUGGCUCUAGCAAUUGCAGAAUCAGUAUUUGGAUCUAUUGAGUUUUUCUUGAACUUGAAUUCGAAAAGCGAAGAAAUGGGGAUUUCUCGAUCUGAAAUGGUGGAGAAGGCAUUGAAAUCGACUAGAGAGCUUGUGAUUUUGGUGGAAGAUGUGGAAAUGGCGGAUUCACAGUUCAUGAAAUUCCUGGAAGAUGGAUUCGAGAGUGGGAAAUUCGGAGAAGUAAAAGAAGAAAGCAUCGAAAAAUUGAUAUUCGUUUUAACAAAAGACGAUUCCUCCGAUAAAAAGAAGAACAGAGAUUCUUCAUCAUCUGUAAUCGAGAUGGCCCUAGAAAUCGACGCUAGGGAAAAACACAUGCGAAAGGCAGAACGGGAGAUCGAAAACAAAUCGAAGAAAGCAAGAAUCAAUAAGAACAGACAAUCAAGCACCAACAACAACACAAUCGAUCUCAACCAAAAAGCAGCCAACGAAGAAGAUCAAAAACAAGAACAAGACGAUGCAGAAACGAAUCAAACAUUACCAAAUGGGCAGAUAAGUCCGAUAUCGAGCGAUCUAACGCGCGAAACAACGAUGUACAAUCUGAAACCAGCAAAUGGGUUUAUGGAAUCGAUCUCAAAUCGGUUCCUUCUGAAAUCAAAAUCAACACAAGAAUCAGAAAUCAGAGAGCAACUGAGGCGGAUAAUGACGGGGGCAUACGAGGAGAAUUGUAAAAAGUGGAAAUGGGAUUGGGAUUGGAAUUGGGAUUGUAGAUUUAGGGUGGAAGAGGGGGUUUUAGAAGGGAUUGUAGAGGGAUUUGGUUCAUUUUCUAACAAAGUGUUUGAAAAAUGGGUGAAAGAGAUUUUUCAAACGAGCUUAGAAGGUGGUAGAUAUGGCGGGAAACAGGAAGGGGGUAUAGAUAUAAGGCUGUGUUUGGAUCAAAAACACAUUUUGGAGGAAGAACACGAAGAACACGAAGAAGGGUAUAUGGGUUCUUGUCUCCCUAAAAAAAUCAAACUUUCUUCUAUGGAUUGAAAGUGGUCUUUCAUGUAAAAUGUAAAAUCUCUAGUCCUUUAACUAUAUUUCAUCACUUUUCUUAACGACUUUCACUUGAAU